AUGAAAUGGGAUUGUCCUGAAUGAAACUGUACACCCAAUCCGUUCUCUCUGCGUAGCAUAUACCUGUCCAGCCGGUUUCAAAGAUUUGUGAAAGCUCGAUCCGGGAGUUACGGGUAUUGGUAGGUAGGUCUAUUACGAGAGGGGUGUUGGAUGUCAGUUUGGAACAGUUCAACACACGACGCCCCAACGACUGGAACGGAGCUCCUUUCUCUCGCCACUCCAGAAGUGUAGCUUGGUCUCGCCACUUGCGCAACAAGUGACUCUGCCAAAGGGAUUUAUAAGAUUCAGUCGGACACAUUUAGUUUCUUUAUGCUAGAACGUGACUGAAAAUCAAGGCUUUCGACGAGAGUAACAGGAGCACUCUCUCCGUUUCUUUGCCUGUCCACGGUUUCUGAAGGCAUCACAACCGGGUAUAAAAUCCGAUUUCUCCGUGUUCGACCAUGAAAGUGACACGGAUGUUUGUGCCCAGAUGCUGCGCUCCUUCACAUUAGCACGUCGCCGGCUGACUAAAUGGCCACCAUGCUCCAUGCGUCCGCUGUGGUCGUGUGGGAAUGGCUCAACGAACACGGGCGGUGGCGGCCCUACAGCCCGACCGUCUCCCACCACAUCGAGGCGGUGAUACGAAGCGAUCCCCGUGGUGGGAGCGUCGUGCUAGGCCAAGUCGACAACCGCCUCUCGCCCUACAUCCUAGACCUGCAGUCGAUGCACCAGUUCAGGCAGGACACAGGUAUGAUCCGGCCGGUGCGCCGUAGCUUCUACGAUCCCACGUCGGCGCCGGGCCAGGGUUGGCUGUGGGAGUGGGAGAACGACACGGGCUCCUGGACCCAGUACGACACGGAGGUCGGCAUCGCCAUCCAGACGGCCCGGGACCGCCAACAGCCCUGGCUGGACCUGGCGCCGCUGGGAUUCUGCUACCUGGUGGACCUGCAGGGCAUGACCCAGAUCAACAGGCAGACCCAGAGACAACGCAGGAUACAGCGGAGGUCCGACGUGGCCUACCCACUAGUGUCAGGACCGGUACCCAGGAACGGAGGUGGAGGAUCGGGUCCAACGGGAGCGUUACUGGGUGUUGGGGUGUCGGGCGUCAACGGGCGCGCUGUGUACCCAAGCGGCGGGCUGGCGACCAUGCAGUCCCUCGCCGGGCAGCCGUGCUCCUGCCAGCAGUGCAUGCUGGUCUUUAGUGUGAAGCAGAGCACAGUGAGGUCAUCGACACACAAGUUGGGCCACCGGCCGAGUAAACCUCAGAGUAAACCACCCAGCCCCAAAUCUGCCACCCUGGGGCGGGGCCAACUCAGGAGCUCCCCCGCUAGAUCUGCCUACUCCAAAACCUUACCUCACGGACUCUCCAUAUCCCGGAACCAGUCCUCACCGCGACGGAAUGCUGCCCUCUUCGCCCGCUCCCUCUCCCUCCUCAGCGCCCAAACGGGCACCCUCUCCAUCUCCAACCGACCCCCUCCUCCCUCUCUCCCGCCCCCUCAGCCGCCCUCCUCCAAUCAGGGCCGCCGUCCGUCCGUGCCGCCCCCCUCUCCCUCCUCCACGAGUCAACCGGUGCCCACCGCCACGCUCGUCACCCCGGCGACCGCCGUGACGUCACCGCCCUCUCCCGUGCCGUCCCCGUCGCCGCGGCCCAUGGCUCCCCAGCGCUCGGCGCCGUGCUCUGCCCCCCUGCCCCAGCGGUCCAGUCUGGCUGGGCUCAGCCGGCCCGCCCUGCAACGCAUAGCCAUGGCCCAGUCACGAGCCCUCAUUGCCUCUGGCGUGCCCACUGUCCCAGUGAAGAACCUCAGUGGGAACAGCCCGGUCCAUCCAGCGCUGGCCGGUAUCACGGGGAUCCUGAUGAGCGCUGCGGGGUUCCCUGUGUGUCUCACCCGCCCACCCAAACUGGUGCUGCACCCCCCGCCCGUCAGCAAGAGGGACAUCAAGCCCGUCCCCGGCCUGGGUCACUGCUGCCGCAAGACCACCAAGAAACAGGCCCGCAAAGGUAAGACAACAGAGGAGGUGGUGAAGCAGUAUCUUCAGAAAGUCAGGAUAGCACCAGAGGAGAACUGUACCAUCUGUAUGGAGGCCCUCGGGGGGGCGUCAGGCUACAAGGGUGGUGACUUCAUAGGUCGCCUGGCCCAGUGUGGGCACCAGUACCACCUCCAGUGCCUGGUGGCCAUGUACAACAACGGCAACAAAGAUGGCAGCCUGCAGUGCCCCACCUGCAAAACCAUCUACGGCGUGAAGACGGGCAACCAGCCGCCCGGGAAGAUGGAGUACCACGUCAUCCCCCACUCGCUGCCUGGCCACCAUGACUGCAAGACCAUCCGCAUCAUCUACAACGUCCUGCCUGGCACCCAGGGCCCAGAGCACCCCAACCCAGGCAAGCCCUUUACAGCCAGAGGGUUCCCGCGUCACUGCUACCUCCCAGACAGCGAGAAGGGACGCAAGGUACUCAGACUCCUGCUGACCGCGUGGGACCGGCGCCUGGUCUUCUCAGUGGGCACGUCCAGCACCACAGGCGAGUUGGACACGGUCAUCUGGAACGAGGUACACCACAAGACGGAAUUUGGCUCCAACCUCACGGGCCACGGCUACCCCGACCCUAGCCAUCUAGACAACGUCCUGGAUGAACUGAAAGCACAGGGCAUCACCGAGGAAGAGGAGCAAUGAUAGGAGGAAGAGGAGGAGACGGGACGAUGAAUUAAUUCAGACUCUACCAGCACUUAAAUGGGGUGGCAGUUUGGUGUAGAGGGGAAAGGUCCAAUUACACUUUGGAAGAUUCUCUGAAGAUGCUGAUUGAUUGGAGGGUCCUAGAGGUUUGGGAAAUCACACAAGCACACAGUGGAGUGUUAGGGUGUUUGUUUGAGUGAUGGCACAGGAGCGAGGGAACGAGAGAGAGAAAUAGGCUCAGGCUUUGUUUAGAUUUGACUGUGGUCAAAAUGAUGACUACACUGGUAUAGUUAGGUACUAGCUAAAUAAAUUACAAAGAGUUGAGAGACGGUACCAAGUUAUUUACUAACUAAUUUACACUACUAAAAGAGAGCGAGAGAGAGAGAGAGGGAGAGAGAGAGAAAAGGAUAGAAGAGAUCAAGAGACUGAGGGAGAGAAAGGACAAAGAUUGAGAGAUGUGAAAGGGAGGGGGAAGGGUAUUAAGAAAGGAGGAAGAGAAUAGAGCGAGCAAACGAGAGAGAAGAUGGCAAGAGAAUGAAGCUAGUAUUAAAUAGGAGUAGGGUAAAUUAACUUAGAAAUGGUACUACUUUAGCAGAGACACAGGAAGAGAGUGAGAGAGAGAGAGAGGGGAGGGAGAGAGAGACAGACAGACAGACGUGCCUAUAGUAACCACCUGCUUGAGUUUGAUUAUCAAGUGGCUUGUGCCCGUUGUGACUGUUUAUAUGUGUAGUCAGACGCCACCUAGUGGCCACUCUACUGAAAAUACAUUCAAAACACUGAAUGUGACGAACAAAACAAACAAAUCACACAUUUCUUUUGAUAAUGAUACUCCGCUUAUGUUUGUAUAAUGAAUGCAUUGUCGUUAUUGUCUUCAUGUAACAUCAUUCCAUGCGUCAUACCUCUUUACAUAUAUUUCAAAAUUGUAUUUUAUACUCUGAAUGAUUUGAAGUCGUGGGAUGUUGUAUGUUAUGAUACGAUGACAGUUAGCCCAGAAGAUAUAUAUGGUACUACCCAUAAAACAACCUUGAUGGGUACUGGGAAUGACUUCUUUCCCUUCCUUUACAAUUCAGAUAGUUGUUGAUUCUGAACCGAUGUCUUGCUGUUUGUACUGUAUGUACCCGUUGUAUGUAUGGAAAAGGGGGACAUGUCAAUAAAUCGAGUGCUGCUUACUUUUAUAAAGGAGACGAGCAUUUGAGAUUCCCUGGGAAGACGCACUUGAGAAAUGGGCCAUGAUAUGAGCCGCCAGUGUUUGAAACCAGGUGAGAAGACACCAGGAACCCAGAACUUAAAUAUUGGACAGGUUGUGGUGUGUUGGUGGCUGAGGAGGGAGUCCGAUAAGGAACAUAAUAGCCUGUGAAGAAGAACUGAGUUUUAUCAUUGCAUUAAUGACCAGACUAAAACCAAUAAAUACCUCACUAUUAAACAAACAACAUCCGUAGCAUAUCCACACUGUAACGGAUAUACAAAAUGUCUGCCUCCAUUUCAUUGGCUGGAUUGGCUUCAAUGCAACAGAUUGGGUGGGCAGUGUAAUGCCAUUCUUGUGUAGAAUGUCGUUAGAAUGCGUCUACCUCCUGCCGGCAAACAGUGUCUUUGGUCUUGUUCCUUAUGGAGACCCUGUGCAUCACUGGCCACUACGCCUGUCCGGUCUCAGAGUUGGGUCUAUGAAGGACCUAUUUAUAAGGAUGUUGUGUGUGUGUGUGUGUGUGAGCUCAUGCAUAUAACGUAUGCAUGCCUUUAAACAUGACAUGCGUUUUAAUGUGUACUGUUUGUACAUCAACGUGUUUUGAGGUAUGAUUCUGUUACUAAACAGCACACUUUUUUACCCCAUUAAUAUCAUGAUCCGCUUUUCUGUUCUUUCUUUUAAAUUGUCUGUUAACACUUUAUCAUUAUUAUUUAAAUUAAACAAGUUAACAGUUGUCUUGAUCAAAUGGUAUAUCCAGCUCUUUCUCAUUUUGUACGUAAGUGUUGUUAGUGUCUGUCAUUUUUUUUGUCAUCUUUCUUACGGUUGAGUUGACAACAGAUAGUACUUUUCUUUUAUCCACGGUGUACAGAAGGUCUGUAUACUACGUGUAUUUUCAUUGUGAAAAGGAAUUUGAAGGUAGACUUUUUCUGACUAUAAUGUAAUGUACUUUCACACCAAGCCACUAAGGGUGGCCUUCCCUCCUCCUGGAGACCUACUGCAGGUGGAGGCUUUUGUUCCAGCUCUGCUUUACCGUUGCCUGACGACUCAUCCUGAAUUUAAUUCUGCUUCUCUAUCGAUCACUCCACAGGGCAGGGAUGGGCAACUCCAGUCCUCUGGGGCCAUCCCUCGCAAACACAGCUGAUUAAGCUAAUUGCGAUGUAAACUGAAGAUGGAUUAUUUGCGGCUUAUUGGACUGUGUUAGCUGGGGCUAGGGAGAAAACCAAAACGUGCACCCCUUGGGGUCUCGAGUUUGGGAAAUGCUGGUCUAGGCCCAACCCAUCUCAAUCUACUAACAUUCUGCUCAUCGGGGAACCUCAGCGGAAUCAGGUGUGGUAUAGCAGGGCUGGAACAAAAGCCUGAACCCCCAGCCUUUCAGGGGGAGGGUUUGCCACCCCUUCCCUAUGUCCCCUUUCCCCAUUCAGAUGACCCAGUUGUUCAUCCUCGACUACAACCUCAAGUGUAUUUUUAUGUGUACAGUCUUCACACAGCAUCCCUUCAUCGUUGUCCAAUUGUUCAUUUGAGGGGAACAUGAGAGGUGUUUUACCUCAUUCUUGGUGAAGAGGUUGGGAAGGGUGCUGGGUGUAGUGAAAAAAAAAGUGAUGCAUUAAAAAAAUGUGCGUACACCAAAAACAAUUGCUGGAAUACGAAUGAUUAAUACAAAUAAAGAAUCGAAUGAAGA